CUCCUUUAAUCAUUCCCUCAACAUCCAAGAACCUCCCAAACUCUUCUCUCUUUCAUAGAGAGACAAAACAUGCACUAGAGGAGUAGUGGCAGCAGUAUUUUUAAAAAACACUCUCUUCCCUUUGCUCUUCCCGCUCAAAAAACAAACCAUGAACUUCCCUCAUCAAUGGUCCUUCUUCCUUCUCUCCACUCUUCUCCUUUAUCUUCUUCCUCUUUCCUCCUCCUCUCCUUCUUCCCCAAACGACACGAGUGCCCUCACUCUCUUCCGGCUCCAAGCCGACACUCACGGCAACCUCCUCUCCAACUGGACCGGCCACGACGCCUGUUCCUCCAAGUGGAGUGGCGUCGUUUGCUCCUCAACUGGCCGCGUGACCGCCCUGUCGCUCCCUUCCCUCUCCCUCCGUGGUCCCAUCACCUCCCUUUUCCUUCUCGACCAGCUCCGAAUCCUCGACCUCCAAAAUAACCGCUUGAACGGCAGUGUUUCACCGUUAACUAACUGUACCAACCUUAAACUCGUUUAUCUUGCGGACAACGAUUUUUCUGGUGAAAUCCCCCCGCAAAUCUCGCUGCUCAAACGACUACUCCGCCUGGACUUAUCCAACAACAACAUAGGCGGCCGCAUUCCUAAAGAAAUCUCCGGUUUGAACCGGCUCAUUACUCUGCGGCUGCAAAACAAUGCAUUAACCGGCCAAAUCCCAGAUUUUUCUUCUUCCCUUAAAAACUUAAAAGAGCUUAAUUUAACCUACAAUGAGUUUUACGGGCGGUUACCGGAAAGUUUACUGAAAAAAUUUACUGAACAAAGCUUUACAGGAAAUGAAGGGCUCUGUGGGCCAAGUCCGUUGCCGGUUUGUUCCUUUACAGGGUCUCCACCGGUGGAUGCAUCGGCCCAGACAGUUCCAUCGAACCCGAGCUCAAUGCCGCAGACACCAAUCAUCGGACAAGACAAAGCUAAGGCACGAAAAGGGUUAAGCCCUGGUGCUAUAGUUGCAAUUGUAGUAGCAAAUUGUGUGGUGUUUUUGGUGGUGGCUUCUUUUGUUGUGGCUUACUACUGUGGAAGAAACAGGGGAGAGAGAGUUUCGAAAGCCGGUAGCGAGAGCGAGAAAAGGAGGAGUGGAAGUAGUUAUGGAAGUGAAAAGAAAGUUUAUGCAAGUGGCGGAGCGGACAGUGAUGGAACAAACGCAACGGAUAGGAGUAAGCUGGUGUUUUUUGAGAGAAGGAAGCAGUUUGAGUUGGAAGAUUUGUUGAGAGCUUCGGCGGAAAUGCUUGGAAAAGGGAGCUUGGGAACAGUUUAUAAAGCAGUGCUUGAUGAUGGGUGUACUGUAGCUGUUAAGAGACUUAAGGAUGCGAAUCCUUGUCCAAGGAAGGAGUUUGAACAGUAUAUGGAUGUUGUUGGGAAGGUUAAGCAUCCGAAUGUUGUGAAACUGAGAGCUUAUUAUUAUGCUAAAGAGGAGAAGCUUCUUGUUUAUGAGUAUCUUCCAAAUGGCAGCCUGCAUUCGCUUCUUCAUGGGAACAGAGGACCAGGGAGGAUUCCACUGGAUUGGACUACGAGAAUCAGCUUGGUGUUAGGGGCAGCUCGAGGGUUAGCAAAUAUUCAUGAAGCGUAUAGUGCACCAAAGAUACCACAUGGAAACGUGAAAUCUUCGAAUGUGCUUCUUGACAAAAAUGGGGUUGCGUUGAUUUCUGAUUUCGGGUUGUCUCUGCUUUUAAACCCUGUCCAUGCUAUAGCAAGAUUGGGUGGAUACAGGGCUCCUGAGCAAGCUGAAGUCAAGAGACUUUCCCAAAAGGCUGAUGUUUACAGUUUUGGAGUCUUGCUGUUGGAAGUGCUUACAGGGAGAGCUCCAUCACAGUAUCCUUCACCAACGCGUCCUCGAGUCGAGGAAGAAGAACAGGCAGUGGAUCUUCCGAAAUGGGUUCGAUCAGUUGUCAAGGAAGAGUGGACAGCGGAAGUGUUUGAUCAAGAACUUUUGAGGUACAAAAACAUUGAGGAGGAACUUGUCUCGAUGCUCCAUGUAGGGUUGGCCUGUGUGGUUCCGCAGCCUGAAAAGAGGCCUACAAUGGCAGAAGUAGCUAAAAUGAUUGAGGAUAUCCGGGUGGAGCAGUCUCCUUUAGGGGAGGAUUAUGAUGAAUCACGCAAUUCGCUUUCCCCUUCCCUCGCUACCACUGAAGAUGGACUGGCUGGUUACUGAUCUUUUCAUUGCCAAUAAUUUGCCAGUGGUAAAUUAAUUAGGUAAUGGACGCUUUAUCGUCUUCUUCUCUCUUUGAUCUGCAUGAUCUCGCUGCAAAUUGUCACACUUUGUGGCUCUGUCUUAGAUCCUGGUUUGCCAUGUGUUUCUUUGUAAUAUUUGUAAGCCUUAUGUCUCUCGUUGUUGCUGGUAAGAAGAUCACGGAUGAUCUUCACACUAGGCAACCAAGAUAGUUUUAUUUAGACUACAGUUCUGUAAUGUAAUUUUGACAUUUUGAAUUAGUUUAUUAAUUAUUUCCAAGGCCAACUCAA